CUGCAGGACCAACUUCAAAAGCCAAUGGGUACUAGCGUAACGGUUGCAUGGUUUGACUUCCCGACCUCGUCAAAGUCGUGCUCUAUCUGCCUCGUACUGAAUCUGCAUCACACUCAUGUUCUGGACCGCCCCCUGAUAACAUCAUAGAAUCACCAUACAAUUCGACUUACCCGUCGGUGGGCGUCUAGAUGUGUGGAGCCAAAGUUCAGAGCUGAGCACUCACACUAAUCAGCUGAUCCAGCACUGCCGAAAAUUGCCGAAGGCAAAAUUCGUGUGUUCAUGUAUUUCGGAAUCUAUAUCUUCCACGCUCUCGUUUCUCGAGACCCCGACCUUCGGCCCCAGACUUUCAAGCAUCUGAUGACGCUCCGAUCCUUGACUUGAACGGAAGCUUUACCGCUGCUAUUGCCGAGCUGCCGAAAACCGAGUGAGUGGAUGAGUGAGAAAAGCAGCUCCAGAAUCUCUGGACAUGCAUGUGAGUCAUUAGCUUCUGUUCCCACCAGUAGACCUGAGGAAGUGUAAUGACCGAGUUUACUACUUUCAUGGAGGAUUCACUGGUAGAUGCGAGCUCUAUACCACCACUCGAGGAAGAGGACGAAACUGAGAAGCCGGCUGCAGAUGGUGAUUCGCAGGAAGAAAAGAAAUUAAGUGUUGGGGCGGAGUUGAGGAUUCUCGGGUCAUGCCUUUGGGAGAAAGCAUGGUUUCAAAUUGCAGCCUUGUCAACCGAAGCAACAUCAUGGGGCGUCUUAGUGGUGCUCGCUGCUGUUUAUCUGGCGAUGGAUCCUCUGGGGUUGAUGGCACACCUCCUGGACUUCUAUCCUCAAGGCUGCAAACCGCAUGAAUGUUUGCUUCCUGUGCCACAUGUGAAUGAGUGGCCCGCUGAUCCUGCUAGCAAGCUUUUGAAUUGCAGUGUGGCCUUUCAUACGGUGGUGCCUGGGCCCGAGAGCUUAGCUUGGGACGCACAGGGUCGGAUCUAUACUGGCGUUGCUGACGGGAGAGUCGUUCGAUGGAGUGAAACAGAUGGGGAAUGGAAAACUUUUGCCUUUGUUUCCCCUUACUGGAGUUCCGAGCAGUGUGAUUUCAAGCACAGGGCUAAUACAUUGCUCGAACUGGAACACAAAUGUGGGCGGCCAUUGGGGUUGAAGUUCAGUCCUUCAGGUUCCUUGUACAUAGCAGAUGCCUACUUCGGGCUGGCUGUUGUGGGGCCCGAUGGUGGUUUGGCAACAGUCUUAUGCAAUCAAUCCGAAGGUCGAUUGCACCUGUUCACGAACGACGUCGACGUUGAUGAACAUACUGGCGUUGUCUAUUUCACUGUAAGCAGCCUUCGGACUCAGCGAAAGCGGUACAAUCGUCUGGUGCAGGAAGCCGAUCAAACAGGACGAGUUCUCAAGUACGAGCCGGAAUUAGGGAAGACAACGGUGCUGCUGAAGGACUUCAAGUAUCCAAAUGGGAUUGCUUUAUCCGGAGACGGGUCUUUUCUCCUCAUAGCUUCCACCACCACUAACAGGAUUUUCAAGUACUGGUUGACGGGGCAGAGGACUGCGACGAUCGAGGAGUUCGCGCGCCUGCCGGGAUACGGCGACAACGUACGCGCGACGGAGGACGGGAAGUUCUUCUGGGUGGCUCUGCACAGUCGCCGCCACCACAUCCACUACGUGAUGUCGAACCACGUCUGGGUGUCGAGGCUCACCGCCCCGUUGAUCCGGGCGUCCAAGCGCUUCGCGCACGCCGUGGCGGGGGAGGUCGAACCCAUGGUCAUCCGGUACAACCUGACCGGCCACGCGGUGCAGGUGCUGGAGGACCGGCUGGGCGCGUCCGGCGUCAAGUUCGUCUCGACGGCUCAGGAGCGCUGUGGCACUCUGUGGCUCAGCUCCAUCCACCUUCCCGUCAUCUGGUCCUACCGUCUCGGCGCCUGAACCUCGGCCGUUCGGUGCAGGAGUCCAUGCCGCAGUUGACACCGCGCGCAGUCGACCUCCAGCAGAUGCAAUGCUGUACGUCCUGUUGCUGCGACGGAGAUAGGGUAACAGAGUCCCCCAGUUCCACAGUGAUGGCGUUUUCGAUGGGCCUGCCUUCGUUUGGGAUUUGCAUUUUCUUACUACUUGAGACCCGAUGUAUAAAUGAUCAGGAAGGCCUUACGAGAAAAGGUGAUUACAGUGGUAGGAGCGCAGUUUUCUCACCUCUUAAAAGUCGAUAUAUGGGGCCCCAUAGUAUACAAUAUGAACAAUUCGUGAACCGGUAGCAAUCCAUAUUCACGUAUAUUUUAUUCAAAGACGAGAUAAUAUUGUUUAGAAUAAUUAUGGGAUCUCGAUAAAGUGAAAUGUUCUGGCUAUGCUCUAUUUCAGGCUGCAGGAGUGGUUGGUUGGUUGGUUUAAUUUGAUAUAAAAUGUCC